UUGCACGUCGAGGGAGGGACCUGUUGGCAGCACCCACAGGGCCACACGGAGCAGCCUGGCAGGACAGCAAAGGUUGUGGAGGAGAAGGAGUUAAAAUAGAAGAGAGGUGCCAGGCAGCAGCACAGCCCAGCUCCCCCCAGAAGGCUGUGGGGCCACGUCAGUUGUUGAAUUCCUGCAUUGAGAGAAGUGGCUGAAAUGCCACCCAAAAGGUGACAGAGACACAGCUCUGUGAGGCCCUGCCCUCCUGGGCACACGGCAAUGCCCUUCCCAGCGUGGAUCCCCUCCCUGCCCAUCCUGCAGGACAGCACAGCAAGGGCUGGUACCAUCUGACAGGGAGCAUGAGCAUGGCACGUGAGCAGGGCUUGGAUUAACUCCCUCACCCCAAAGUGACAGAGCUCCUCCCCAGAGCAGCCAGGAACCAGACCCUCACACAGGGAUUCCAGGGCUGAAACACUUCACUGAAGCAGCUGAGGACAAGGUGGCUGCAGGGCACGCUGAGGGACAUGUUAUGAUGCCGGGGCUGAGCACGGGCCCCGAGCGCAACCAUGACCAACAGCUCCAACUGCACAGAGACAGACCUGAAGCGCUACUACGCCGUCACCUACACGGUGAUCCUCAUCCCCGGCCUCAUAGCAAACACACUGGCCCUGUGGGUCUUCUACGGGUACAUGAAGGAGACUAAAAGGGCCGUGAUAUUUAUGAUCAAUUUGGCCAUCGCCGAUUUACUGCAGGUUCUGUCCCUGCCCCUGAGGAUUUUCUAUUACCUGACGGGCACGUGGGAAUUCGGGGGAGGGCUCUGCCUGCUCUGCUUCUACCUGAAGUACGUCAAUAUGUACGCCAGCAUCUUCUUCCUGGUGUGCAUCAGCGUGAGGAGGUACCUGUUCCUCAUGCACCCCUUCAGGUUCAGCGACUGCAGGCGUGUCUGUGACAUCUACGUCAGCGUCGUGGGCUGGGUCGUGGUCUGCGUGGCCUGUCUGCCCUUCCCGCUCCUCAGGCUCCACAAGGAUAACAAAAACACCUGCUUCGUGGAUCUGCCCAUCAAGGAGCUCGACCUUCCCACCUCCAUUACGCUGAUGACAAUAGGGGAGCUGGUGGGGUUCGUGACACCCCUGCUCAUCAUCCUGUACUGCUCGUGGAAGACCAUCCUGUCACUAAAAGAGAAAAACUCUGCUUUGCACGACCUGGGGGAGAAGAAAAAGGCUUUGAAGAUGAUUCUCACCUGCGCCCUGGUGUUCCUGAUUUGCUUUGCACCUUAUCACAUCGGCUUCCCCCUGGACUUCUUUGUGAAGACGAAGCAGAUCAAGGGGGGCUGUGUGCAGAAGGUGAUCUCGGUGUUCCACGCCGUGGCUCUGUGCCUCGCCAGCCUCAACUCCUGCGUCGACCCCGUCAUCUACUACUUUACCACAGAUGAGUUCAGGAGACGCCUCUCCAGGCAGGAUUUGCACGACAGCAUCCAGCUCCACCACCUCAGCUACACCAGGAAACACUCCAGGGACGUGCUCAUGGAGGACACCACAGAAUAGAGACUCACUAGAUGUUGGGCUUUGGCCCACUGCUCUCCCCAUGACUCAGGCAAACUUCUGCUUUCAGUGAGGGUUGGAGUAAACAAACAACCCCCCCCCCCCCAAACCCCAAACCUGACCAAAGACGUGUUGAUUUAAUACUUUAGUUGCAAUUUUUCUCUGAAUAUAAAUAACAACAUUUCCAUUCCUAAGCUGGGCAGGCUGGAGCAGGUGGAGGACAAGGACCCGUGGCAGAAGUGAUGCUGUGCCCUGUUGUCACCUGUGGCACUUCCCAGCCACGUCCUGGUCAUGCACUUCAGCAAGAGGCAGCAAAGAUUUUGGGCUCCUGCUAUGCAAAAUGAAUUUGAGCCAAAAAAAUUACAGGAUGACACAAUAUUAUAUAUUUCUGAAGCACAAGACAAUCCAGCAGGGACUAACCUGUGCCAGGAGCCUCCAGCCACGUUGACCACAGAGUGAGGAGCAAAAAGUGGCCCCAAAGGACUUGCCAUUUAAAUAAUUAAAGAAACCUCACUUUUGGGGUGUAGCAAAUGACAGACCCCCAAAUCACACAGUCAUUGAAGCUUCUAGACACUAUUUUUGUGCCAUCAGUUCCCAUUUCUGGCUGGAAAGUCACGUGGUUUGGAGCCAUGUUGUGUAGGGGGCUGUGUUUGGAGGGUGUUUAUUCAGGCUUUCAGGUCCUCUUUUCACCAAAAAUGGGGCAAAUUAUUUCCCUUUCACUGAUAACUGACCCACAGAUCACAUCCACUCCUCAUUAGCAGGAUUAAAACACAGUCAGAGGAUCCAAACCUUUCCAGAGUUUGCUUUGAAACUCCCUGUGAAGCAGAGUCAAAGGUGCCACCCAAGAGGCUAUAAGUGAUUACUAAGAAAGGCUCAAAUGUGGAUGUAUUUUUAAUAAUAACCUCUUCAAAAUCAAGCCACAGAAGCUUUGGGACUUUGGGAUUUCAUUUGUUCCUUCUUGUAAAAUGUAUUUUUCUGUGAACAUUUGAAAUGUUACAGUUUGAAUGUAAAAUGCUGUGACAGUCUGAGUUUUUAUUUAUGCCAAUGUUGUUUUAUAAUUUAUAGGAAAAACAUAAAUAUUGUAGGAAAAUCAUGUGGAGCCCAGAGAGCAUCAGAACACAGAUUUUCUUUUUUUCUUUUCAAAAACUCUUCCAGAUAAUAAAACAAAACUCCACCACCUCAUUCCUACAGGAAUCUGAGCCAGUUCUAUACCUGAGUGAAGGCUGAGAAAGCACUGAUAAAUCAAGGAAACCACAGAGUACAUUGUAAUACGUUAACAACAGUGAAAAAAAAAUAUUUAUUUUUGUAUUUCCUCUUGUGUAUAAUAAAUC